CCCCUCGUCGCCCGCUGUCAUACUCCUUCAGCCGCAGCGAUCACUCCCUACGCCAUCACCUCGGAGAUAGAUUCCUUCGACGCUUGCUGCCGAAGAACAAUCACUUCAGAUAUUCCCCCUUAAACGGUGCACCCACCCACCAACCCACUCGUUGCUCCUACCCACCACGCCAGCUACCUGGCUUGUAGCUCCUCACUCGCGCCCUCGUCACCAUGACUACCGUUGCUAAUGGCUACUCGCAGCCAAAUCCGGCCGCCAAUGGCCGAAAGAAACUCGGAGGCUUCGUUGGUUUCUCCAAUGUGCCCAAUCAGUAUCACCGAAGGUCUGUCAAGAAGGGGUUCCAAUUCACUGCCAUGGUCGUAGGUGAAUCCGGUCUCGGCAAGUCUACAUUGAUCAACACCCUCUUCAACCACCGAAUGUAUCCAAAGAAGGAGGUCCCAGCCCCUGAAGAGGAGAGGCCGCAGACGGUUGCCAUUGAGAGCAUGAGCGCUGACAUUGAGGAAAACGGAGUUCGUCUGCGAUUGACCGUUGUGGAUACCCCCGGUUACGGUGACUUCAUCAACAAUUUCCAGAGCUGGCAGCCCAUCGUUGAGAACAUCGAAGCUCGCUUUGAUGCCUACCUGGAACAGGAAAAUAGGGUCAACCGUGCAAGGCUGACCGACAACCGAGUCCACGCUUGCAUCUACUUCAUCCAACCCACCGGCCAUGCUCUUCGCCAGAUCGACAUUGAGUUCAUGCGCCGGCUUCACCAGAAGGUCAACCUCAUCCCUGUCAUCGCCAAGUCUGAUACUAUGACCGAUGAGGAGAUUGCUCUCUUCAAGCAACGCAUCCUCUCCGACAUUGCUCAUCACCAGAUUGAGAUCUUCCGUGCGCCAGUGUACGACAAUGAAGACGAGGAGACAUUGGCCGAAAAUGAGGAAAUUGCACAAAAGAUCCCCUUUGCUAUCAUUGGCGCUGAUACGGAGAUCGACACUCCCGAUGGCAGACGCGUGCGAGGUCGCGCAUACCCCUGGGGUCUCGUCGAGGUCGACAACGAGGACCACUGCGACUUUGUGAAGCUGAGGCAGAUGCUCAUUCGAUCCCACAUGGAGGAGCUGAGGGAACACACUCACAAUGUGCUCUACGAGAAGUACAGGAGUGACAAGCUCACGGCUAUGGGCGUGACUCAAGACUACUCUGUCUUCAAGGAGGUCAACCCCGCGGCCAAGAUGGCAGAAGAGCGAGCUCUGCACGACGCCAAACUGGCCAAGAUGGAGAACGAGAUGAAGCUCGUCUUCCAGCAAAAGGUGGCCGAAAAGGAAACGAAGCUCAAGCAGUCUGAAGAGGAACUCUACGCCCGUCACAAGGAGAUGAGGGAGGCUCUGGAGAAGCAGAGGCUGGAGCUAGAGGAGAAGAAGAGGAGAUUGGAGAGCGGAAGACCCCUCACGCCUGAAAAGGCGAAUUACAACAGCGCUAGCGCCAAGAAGAAGGGAUUCUCGUUGAGAAAUUAGACGUCUUGCUUGCUAAUGGGGAAGGUCAAAAGCUUUAGACGAGGGGCGGUCGAGCAGGCCCUGGUCGGGCAGCAGUUGCAGACCUACCCUGGACGUCUGGAGCGGUGGGAUGGUGACGAACAAGGCAGCGAUUGUAUUCCUUUUACGAAUCUUUUACACAGACGGGCGACUUUGAGACCAAAAUGGGCCCCUCCCUCCUCUCCUCUGUCUUUUCUCUCUCUCUGUCAAUUGCGAAUGUCAACAUAUCCUCUUACGUCGUGAACCAAUGCCUCCAUCCUUUGCUCGUCGUACCGCUCAGGAUGCUGAUGCUGUCACACACUCUGAGGUGGUAAUGCUUUCUUGCAAAAGGUUUAAGAUUUCUCGGUGAGAAGAGCAAGGGAGAGGAGAGUGACAGACGACAUGCAGAUGGAGCAGAAGGCUUAGGAAGCAAGUAGAAGAAAAGAAAGGAAGAGGGAGAAAA